CUAAAGAUCAAACUCAUGGAUAUUUUAACAUCUUCGAUCAUCCUAGCAUCCAUUGCAUGGACAUGCAUACUGAUUUCCCGGGCCCGAAAAUUAUCGAAACUACCUCCGGGCCCGUACGGGCUACCGAUCAUCGGCAACAUCCUCCAUCUCGGGCCCACACCCCACCGCUCCCUCGCCAAACUAUCCCACAAAUACGGGCCCGUGAUGUCGCUAAAGCUAGGCAGCAUUACAACCGUAGUAAUCUCCUCAGCAGAAACCGCCAAACUCGUGCUUCAAAAAUACGACUCCUCCUUCUCUAACCGAACCAUCCCGUUGGCAUCGAAAGCCCUCCGCCACGACGAGUUCUCCGUGGGGUGGCUGCCCGUCGGAAGCCAGUGGCGGAAGCUGCGGAAGAUAUGCAGAGAGCAGAUGUUUUCGGCUCCGCGGCUUGACGCCAGCGAGGGUUUGAGGAGAGAGAAGCUGCAGAAGCUGCGCGACUUCGUGGCAAAUCGCUGCGAAAGCGGAAGCGCCGUGGACGUAGGAGAGGCUGCUUUCACGACGGCGCUGAAUCUGAUAUCGGCGUCGCUGUUUUCGGCAGAGUUCGCGCGGUUCGACUCGGAGUCGUCGCAGGAGAUGAAGGAGGCGGUGUGUGGAGUAAUGAAGUCCGUCGGAAGCCCCAAUUUCGCCGAUUAUUUUCCACUGCUGAAACCAGCGGAUCCGCAGGGGCUUUUGAAGGCGGCGGAGCUUAGUACAGGAAUGCUGUUUGUGAAAUUGGAUGAGAUAAUAGACGAGAAACUGAAAUCGAGAGGAGAGAAACGUGAUUUGGUGGAAGCGCUUCUUGAGAUCAACCAAAGAGAUGAAGCUCAACUUAGCCGAGACGACAUAAGACAUCUCCUUCUGGAUCUACUCGUAGCAGGAACUGACACGUCUUCAGCAACGGUAGAAUGGGCCAUGACAGAAUUAAUACGCAACCCUCAUAAAAUGACCAAGCUCAGAAACGAGAUCAAGAGUUUCAUGUCUGAAAAUGGGAAGCAGCAAGUUCAAGAAUCAGACAUCCCACUUCUGCCAUAUCUGCAAGCAGUGGUAAAAGAAACAUUCAGGCUACACCCCGCAGCCCCUUUCCUACUACCCCACAAAGCCAGUUCCGAUGUUGAAAUAAAUGGCUACAUCGUACCAGCAAAUGCUCAGAUUCUGAUCAAUGUGUGGGCGAGUGGCAGAGAUUCAAGAAUCUGGAAGCAUCCAGAUGAAUUCCUGCCGGAGAGAUUCUUGAACGAGAAUGAGGGCGUAGAUUUUAAGGGUCAAGAUUUUGAGCUGAUUCCGUUCAGCGCGGGAAGAAGAAUCUGCCCCGGAUUGCCAUUGGCGGAUCGGAUGGUACAUCAGAUGUUGGUGACAUUUGUUGAAAAUUACGAGUGGAAAUUGGAAAAUAUGAAGCCAGAAGAAAUGGACAUGAAUGAGAGUUUUGGAAUUACUCUUCGAAAGGCAAUACCUCUCAAAGCAAUUCCCACCAAACUGUGAUGAGUCGAUAAAUAUAGACUAUGUACAAGAGGAGUCGAACUCAGCACAUCAUACAAUAAUGUCUAAACUCAUUGCCGCUAGGACAAAGGUUGUGGACUGUUUUCCCUUUAUGAUCUAUAUUACUUUUGGUGUUUGUUUAUAAUUA